CACACCCUCCAGUAUCGAUCAGUUCAGGUCCUCUCCUGUGAAGCAGCAGGUUCACCAUCGAUCGGUUUGAUCGUGACAUCUGAAGUCAGGUGGACUUCUGUUUCAGCUUCAGUCCAAACUCGUCUGUACGAGAUGGAUCUCGGCACCGAACGUAGUCGUCAUGGCAACAGCAUCUCCAGAAUCCUCAGCAGCUGGAGCCGUCACCUCAGUGACAACGAGCGGGACGUGCUGGCCCUGAGCGUGCUGUUGCUAGGCGACAGGCAGAGUGGGCGGAGCUCUGUGGGGAACGCUCUGAUUGGUGGAGAGGAAUUUAAAACAGGUACCUGCAUCUCUGGCAUUUCCAUGACGACGGAGCACAAACUGCUCAGCCGCAAUUUCCCAAAGUACUUCCGAAGGCGGGGGGCGGAGUCUGACCUCGUGUUGAGAGUGAUAGACACGCCCCCUCAUGUGAUCCAGUCACAUCACGUGCAUGAGCUGUGCCCUGAGGGCGUGCACGUACUUGUGCUUGUUGUGAGAGCUGAUCUGCUGCAUGACAACACACACCUGACGGAGCACGUGGAGACUCUCUUCGGUCCUGAAUGGCGUCGUCACGCUUUACUCGUCCUCACACACGCUGACCACCUGAAGGAGGCGGGGCUUCACCCGUCAGUCUACCUGACACAGACCAGUGAUUGGCUGAGAGCUCUGGCUGAAGAGGUGGGAGGAGGAGUCUUGUUCUUGGACAACAGCUGUGAUUGGCCGUCAGUCAGAGGACGACCGCUGAGAGAGCGACUGCUCCGCCUCUCAGCCAGGAACCAUCACAGAGCUCUGACGGUGCAGACGGAGUCUCACUCUGACCUUUAAACAGCGCACUAAUGGCUCCACGCUGACGUACGAUCCUCCAACAGAACGAAAGCUUUCUCUGUUCAGAGGUAUCGUACGUAUGUGGCGGCUCCAAUUUGAUAGUUCAGUUCAGCCAAAUUCUCUGGCCCCUCCCACGUAAUGGUGAAAAAGAGUCAGCGGCCCAGCUGCCUGAAGAAAAUGUCUGUUGUAUGUUUCUGCAAACCAUGAAUAUGUUUCAUUUGACUGUUUCAUAUGUGUCAUAUCCAUGUUUCUAACGUGACGUAGUAUCUGAGCUGACUUUGUGUAAAAGCCACAGAACCUGUUUACCAACACAUCGUGGCAUUUUCCAGCAGCAUUACAGCCACUAAGCUUUGGUGUUGUCAUCAACACAUGGCUGCAUGUCCUCGAUUGAGUACUGUUCAGACGGGGUUAGUUUUACAUAAUGUGGACUAAUGUCAGUUUACCACAGGACGUCUGUAAUAUAAAUGUCUGAUUCACACGGGACAAGAAAUGGCACGUGCGUGCUACGUGGCUUCCUGUGAGCAUCAGCUGGAGGAUAAUAAUAAUGAAUGAUUAACCCAACAUGAAACAUUACCCAUGAUCAGGAUUGUGUGCACACAACGAUCAGCAAUAUGGAUUUACAUUAGGCCGACCUAACACAACCAGAAGUCUCGUGGCUCUGAAAUGUGCUCUCUUCUCCACCUUUUUGAUUGGUCUAUGCGAUCAUUAGAAGAAUGUCCACUAUCACGACUGCUGACAACACCGGAUGCUUCUUCAAGCGCCUCCAUCAUCAAAAAAACGUGGAAAAAUGGUUGUAAACAGGACGAAAUAUUUACAUAUAUUUUUACAGAGGAUCGCGUUCGCACGGGAUUAAUAUAGCCGAGGUAUUUUCCCCGGACCGUUUUACAGAAGGUAAAAGUCACCGUAAUUUUUCCUGACAUUAUCCGUAAAGGCUCAUUUAUGCUGCCUUUAUAUACGAUAAAGUAUACGUCCGUUUCAAACGAUGUUACGGUCACUGCCCACAUACUUCCAUGCAUCCUUUACGUUGGCAUGGAUGUUAAUCAAUAUAUCCACCAGGGGGCAGCCCAGCGUCAAAAGUUUACAACAACAACAAACUCAAAAACAAACAUGGCGACUGUGGAGGAGAUAUUGAUAAUGUACCUCUUGCAUAAAAGACAAAAACAGAGGCAGCAUUGUAGGAGGCGGUGGUCAGUGAGGCCGUUAAACACAUCGCGACUGGAGGACGGAGAAUUCUUUUCUCUAGUACUGCCGAUGAGAGAAAUUGUUAUUUCUUCUUCGUGUCUCACUAGAGCUACGUAUCAGGUAGUGACAGCGACACUGCCCCCAUGGUUCCUGGUGGUACUGCUCCGUUUGGCCCGUAUCUGUAACAUUGAGCAACGUUAAUGAUUACAGACAUGACAGGUUGGGACGGGACUAAAAUUCCUGGUAAUAAUUACCUCACCUCACGUCUCCACGUUAAACUAAUCCUGUCUGAAUAGGGCUUUAGUUGUAAUCCCCCAGAUUUAUACUUAAAAGGCGUUUUUUCCCACAUAAAAUGCUUUUAAACAACUGUUUUAGUCCCAACCUGACACACUUGUUUGUUUGUUUUUGGACCUUUAGCAUCGGCCUUCAUUUCCUCAGGUUCUUUGUCAACAAGAACACUCAAGGACACACUUUUGUGACACCACACCUGACAUUUUUAACUGCAUAUCACAGUGUUUAAUCCCCACAUCUGGACCUAAAAGGCUUUUUUUUUGUU